UCCUCUGUACUUUUGAAACUACUGUUAAUUUCCCGUUGUCCACUUUACCCUUUGCCCUACUUUCCAUUAAAUUCUAUAUCAAGGAAUAAACUAUCUUUUUCCCUUUUAUUCGAUUCGUCGCUGGGUUUGGGAAAAGGACAACGUUCUGGCCCCAAUACCCCGAAACUGAAGUGAAGAAUAUCGAUAACGGGGAUUUUGGUUAAUCUUGUGCACGUCAAAGACGACCAUUCGAGCAGGAAAAGCUUCAGGGGCCCAAAAAUGGCCGUCCCAACUACGACUACGACUACUCCGCAGCUGCAGAACCCCGGAUUCCUCUCUAGAGAACAGUUGCUCCAUCUCUUCAACCGCUUCUCUUUCCUCACUUCCCUGCCUGAUGUGAAGAAAAGGAUUGCAGACGCUGUUGAGGAUAAGCAGGAAGCUGUAGCUGUAACCACUGCAAUCCAAGAGGAGAUAUUUCUGGAGAUGGGAGUUGAUCCAACGUUUGGUUUAUCAUGCCUGGGGAAAGUGAAUGUGGUUUUUGAGAAUGAUCAGGAUUUGAUGAUUCGCUUUUAUAGAUUUCUUGCAAAGGAAGAGAUGGCCUGUGAUGAAGCUGAGCUUGGACCAGAGGAAUUUGCAGAAAGAAUUCUGGGUCAACAGAAACUGCAGGAACAGCAACUGGAGAUGCUAAAGCACAUGCGUAAAUUUCACUUGGAUGACCAAUCUGCAAUUCUUGAGAAGUUGCAUCAGCAGAUGGAAAAUGACAAUUAUGAAGGGGGCUCAUCGGUUUUGUCAUCUGAACAGAUUCAGGAGAUUGUUCAGAGGAGGGUUUCACCUUUGUUUAGGCCAAGGUAGUUCAGGAUUAAAAUAUAUGCCCAUUCAUUAUGUAUCGCAAGUGGUGGUUGUAGUUAUCACUCGUGAUAUGCAUGAUGGAAUGUUAGACUUUUGAACUCGACUGUUUUAUUUUUUCGUUUCUUUUAAAUUGUUUUUGUUUUUUUUUGGUGA